AUGGAAGGUUUUACCUUAACAAGAAUUUUUCCCACCAUAUUACCACAACUGGACAAUAAACAAUUUGCCAAUGCUGGUAAAUCUACCGAGCAAUCAAUAGUGUGCAUCAUUCAUUUAUUCCUAGAGGCUCUAGAUAAGGGUAACUGUUCAUUGAGAGUAUCUACGCAGAUUUUUGCAAAGGUAACUGUUCUUGAGAGUAUUCUUCGCAAAAUUUUGCAAAGGAUUUGACUUUGAUUUAUCCGUCCCAUUCAUAUGCAGAAGCCUUAUCCUUGGCGGGUAUUCAGACUCUUAGUUCUCGUAGAGAUGCAGCCUGUAAGAAAUUUAUCGCAAAUAUUAAACCAAGCAAUCCGCUGUAUCUUCUUAUUGACAAGCAGCUCCCUACAUCGGACCACAUGCACUUAUUCCUUAAGAUCUGAAAGAAUAGUACGUCAGACCAACAAUCAAUCGAACAGACCGAUUUUAGAACUUUGCAACUGUUAAAUUUAGGGUAAAUGUACAGUUAAAUAGUUAAUCAUUCUGUUUUUAUAUGUAAUAUAUCCACAUUUACAAAUUCUUAAGUUUUACUAUGACAUUACCUGUAAUUCAGUUCUUAAUACUGCAAGAGGUUUUCAUAAACUAAUAAUAAAUAAAUAAUAUAUAAAUACUUACUCAAGUUUAUUAUUCAAUAAUUUAUUUAUAUCUUACAUAUGGUGUUUUGAUAUGGGGAAAUACAUAUUGGACUAAUGUCAAGCCCUUCUAUAUCCUUGCUGUCCGUAUAAUGAAUUUCUUAAGGUGGCUCGAUACAGUUUUCAAAAAUUCAGGAAAUUCACUCUAAAAUGGCCUGUCGCCUCGUAUAGUUGGAAAAGAAGCAUGGUGAUACCCAUUUUUUUUCUUGCAUUAUUUUACUUGGAAGAAAAACUAACAAUUAUCAAAAUAUUUGGAAAACGCGAAGAUGUCUUAUUCUUCGGUAAAAUGUUUUUGGCAUUGCAGAAUUUUUUUGUUUUUUUGUAUAAUGAAAGUUUUUAGCCGUGCAAUACAGCAUGCAAAAUUUGAACAUAUAGGUCACCAGACAAAAUAGAGAGAUAUAGCGCAUUGUUUUUCUAAGAUGGAGAAUUCUAGUGACGUCAGCAAUUGACAUAAAACGCUAUAGAACACGCGCAAUGACGUGAGAUUGGAAUUUGGAAGUUCUUUCAUUUCGUUACUCAGUUUCUGCGACCUGCGCGAAUAAAUGGUCACCCGGUUUUGUUCGUGAUUCCUGAGCAGGGUUUUUGUAAUAACUAUAUCGAGCCACCUUAAAGCGUAUGAACACUUGAUGCAAGCCGUGUAUUGUAAUUAUGUUUUAUAUUAAUAAAAACGAAGAAGUUGUCAAAAGCAACCGGAAAUCUGCCUCAAUCAAACUGGUAUAUAAACAGUGCAGUAUAGAACUUAACACUAUCUGCAAGUUUUAAUAAUUUGUCUUUCUUAAGGUGAGGAGCUGUCCAGGUAUGUGCCUGGUAAAUUACCUUUAGUUCCUACAAACUAUGAAGUCUUUAAUAUUAACUUUCCGGGCCCUAAAAUCCGGAAUGAUAAUGAUGAAGCGCUAAAAAUAUUAAGUAUAAAUCUGUUUAAAAAGAAAUUAAACCGAAGUAUAAUUGAGCUAUAUUAAUUUGAAUAUUUGGUUGUUUGAUUGCUUAAUUUGGAUCGUAUUUAUGUUUUCUUUUAAUUAUUGACUUUGCCAUCUUGUAACACAUUUAUUAUUUUUUUUAUAAUAACUGUUUGCCCCAAAAAGAUUACAUUAAUAAAUCUGAAAAUAAAGUAUUUACAAGAAGUGGGCUAGGGGCCUUCUAGGAACCAUAAGGCUUUUAAAUUUAAUAAUUAAAUAAAAUUUUAAUAAUUGUUUACUCACUUUACUGCAUAUAUUCUACUAAUUAACAAUUAUUCGCCGAAGGCGAGGUUAUUAUCAGUGAAUAAAAACCGAGACGAAGUCGAGGUUUUUAUUCACGAUAAUUACCGAGCCUGAGGUGAAUAAUUGUUUUAGUAUAAUUUCAUACGUGAUUAUUUGUGUGGAAAUAAAAAUACACAUUUCUUCGUUAUUUAACAAAACAAAAAACAAAAUGGCUUCGGCCGCCAUUUCGAAAAUCGCUUAGGUAAUUAUCGCGUUAUAAUCACCUCAAUGGCUACCAAUCAGCGUGGAGAAUUUUCAAUAGUCACUUAUAUAAUGAUACUAAAAAUGGAUACCCACCUGUCUCGAUUAGCCCCUAUGGUUACCUACGGGUAGAUAUGCACAUAAUACUUUUGUUUUAUAAUGCGUAACGUAGAGUAUUGUUGUAUCCUGCAUUUAUAAUGUGUGUGCAAAAUAUAUUCUAUUCACUUUUGGUCGAUAAACAGUUUUAUCUAUGAAACAGAUUUAUCUAUAAACUUGCGGGUUCAAAUGCCAGUCGAGACACUAUAUUUUAAAACUUUUCAACCUUUGUUUUUUGACUAAUUUCAACUUUCUUGGCAAGCAUUGGUUAUAUCUUAUGCUCUAGUACUUAUUGCUUAUUACUUUUCAAUACAAUCUUGCAAAAAGUUGAAAUAAAGGAUCGAAGCCUGGUUGUUUGUGCAUUGUCGGCAGCAUGCAGCAUUGUGUUUAGUAUAAAAUUGCCUUUGAAACCACACUAUUUAUUUUAGGUACCUUCUAAACUUAAAGGUGGAGUUACACGAGCAAAAAAAUUGCUGCAACUAGCAAGAAAAUCUGAUUUCAACGCAUGUUAAUUGAAAAUGUUUACACAUAAAUUACAAAUCACAACGCAACAUGUGUUGACAUUUCUACUUAGCAUGCGUUGAAAUCAGAUUUUGUUGCAAGUUGCUGCAAUUUUGUUGCUCGUGUAACUCCAGCUUAAGGGACGUCAGCAUUCAGCAAUCAUACCUUUUACUAAUUCUUUGCGGGUUUUUUGCCCAAUUAUUCCAUAGCCACACUUUUAUGUUUUAAAUACGACAUUUUGUUUUGUCAAUGGUUGAACAAAUCCCAGCUCUAAUAUCGCUGAUAGUAUGACAAUCGUGUGCAUGCAUGGUCCCCUAAUGCCCCAGCGGAGAUUAACGCCCUUGCCCGUGGCCUUUGGUAUUGCUGACGGCGAGGGGAUAAUCGUAUUUAAAGCAAUUAUGCUUUGUCCUAAUUGACCUGUGCUUUUAGCCAUAUGUGCCUUAUAUAUCACAAUUUCCAAUCACAUUGCUCUUCCUAUCAUCAUCUUUUUGCAAUACAUUUUGCGAAUAUUUUUGGUUUUUUCUUCGUUGUUCAGCCAUUUUGCUUCCUCAACUUUCUCGCUCCUUUUUUAUCUUUAAUAUCUUUCAGGUUUUAUUCCACAUUUGCUUCUAUUUAAAAUAUCUGUUUAUAUAAAUAAUGCUUAGUUUUUGUCGAUAUAUCUCUUUAGUACGGAUGUUUAAACUACUUAUAUAUAUAUAUAUAUAUAUAUGCAACAAAAAAAUUUCAUUUUAACCAAUUAUAACUUGUUAGACACCAGUCCAAUUUCAGCUUGCAUCAGCUUGAGAUAUACCUGUCUUCUUUCGGCUUGCAUGCAUGUAACGUACGCUAUCCUUUGAUCACUUUCAACUUCCCUAGGCUUCCCUACCCUCGCUGCAGGCUUAAGGCACCCAGAGAUAAUUAUGUCACAUCACAUUCUUAUCUGUAUACUUUCCCGGCUCCUAUGUACAGCAUGUUCUGCUAAUGUUGUGAUUUAGAUUUCAACUCAACCACAAAGAAUUAUUGGGACUUUUUACAAAAGGCGCAUAUGCAAUGGUGAAAGUUAGAAUGAAGAUUCUGUCACCCUGUAUUCCCAAAAUUGUGUAAACUUCAUUUUUUAGGUUGAUUGUAGUUGCUGAAAAGGAUGUCGUUUAUGAACGUUUUGCAAUUCCUCUUAUCAAUCGACUGGAAAAACAUUUACUUGUGAUGUCCACUGGUUUAACAGAACGUCAAGCUCGCUUGGCUAAAGAAUUGGAGGGCUGGGUGAAGCUCUUCUCGGAACCAAAAUCUAGCGGGAGGUAGAACUUUGAAUUGUUGUAGUGAUUAAAUCAUUGUGAUUGAAUGAAUAACCAUGCCGGAGUUAUAAAUUCGAGGACGUUUUCAUAUUGUUCAGGUUGAGCAAAAGCAAAACACGAAAAGACAAUAUGCUUAUUACUUUUUAAUCCAAUCUUGCAAAGUGAUGAAAUAAAGAAUCGAAGCAUGCUUUGUGCAUUGUCGGCAGCAUGCAUGCAUUGUACACAAAAAAUUUACUAAAAUUAACUGUAUUUUUCUCGUGUUUCCUUGAGUCAAAACUUUUUAAACUUUGUGGACUGUACAGCAAUCAUACAAUGCAUAAAAUAUGCGAGUUUAAAAAAAUCUUAUCUUGAAAACACGGUUUUCGAGAAUUUAAAAAAGUUGGCUCAUGCAAUUUUUUUAAAAACUCUUAUUUGAAGCAACUGUACAUUAGCUUCAUGUGUGCAGAAAAUGAAAACGUUUUACCGAAGGAAAUUUAAAAGAUUAAGAAAGAAUGAAAAAAUACGAUCUUUUUGAAAUUACCUUGUUGUCAUGGCAACGAGAAUAUUUAAAGACGUUUUUGUUUUUGUAAUCCUUUGUAUUUACGCAAUGUUGUGUGCAAGUUUCGUGAUCAUAAACUGAGGAAAUAAUGGGUCUUAAAACACAGUUGUGCGCUAUAAUGUUAAAACUGUAGACCUGAACCAAAGGGUGAUAAUCCCCUUGCACAGUACCUAUAUACAAUUCGACUGAUUAUAUUUACAAUAAAUAUAACGUGAGUCUAUGGGCCUGAAGUUGACAAUUUGGAACACGUCAACCGCACAAAUACACAGAAUAUGCAUUCCCCAUAUAGACGAACAAUUCUGGUCCCACUACAGCUGUAAUCGUACAGAAGAUAGCUUUUUCCAGAUGAUAGUAAGAUUUGUGUUUAAGCAUUACCAUCACUCAUACUACAGCUGGAUAGUCAGGGAGGCCAGGAAAAACCUGCAAUACGGGAAACCUGAAUGGGACCAAGACAAUUAACAAGCAGCUUCCCCACAAAACUUCUACAUUACAAGUUCGGCGUAAUUGGAGCAUUGGUAACACGACAAACAAAGUUUGACCAUCCAGGCAUUUUUUAAAUUGUAUUGAUUUAUUUUAUAAUCAGCUUUAAACACAUUGUUUAACAUCUAAAUUGUUCAAUUGGUGAAGUAACCAAACAUAUAGAGGUGAUAGAGCGUUAGACUAAUGUAUAAUCCUGAAAUACAGCCUCUCAAUAAUUUUAAGAUGUUAGAUUCAAGUACAAUCCACGUGAUUGUAAGAAUUGUUUUUCGGGUUUCUGAAUAAAACGUUUCGAAACUUUGCCGUGAAGCUGCAGCCGCAGGGGAAAAUGGAAAACUUGUUUUGCCCGUUUGCCGAAGUACUUUGCCCCAAAAUACAGUAAAAUAUAUUUGUUCUACAAACUUUUUUAGUUAUAUUUUGGUCAUGUCACAUUUGCUUUAGGUAAAAGACCAUUAUAAACACACAGAAAAAAAAGUGCGUCUAAUGGCAUUCAAAUCUUACUUUGAUCACAGUGAUCCAAUUUUCAAAGUUUUAAAGUGCUACUGCAGCGAAUUUUUCGACCGUCAUUUUUUUAGCUUAAUUAAAAGUGCUUUCCUUCCUGAUCUGUUUACCACAAAUAGAAUUGAAAUUGGUCAAUUCAAACCGAUUUUAUAGCCUUCCAGAGUGGCCAUUUUUGGCACUUCCUGUGCGAAUUUUGAUCGGCCAUGUUGAUGCCAUGUGACGUCAUAAGAUGAACACGAUUUCAUCAUCGCGUAUUAAAAUUAUAGUAAAACCAACAAACGCAGAUACGACGGCCUUGUUUCUGGCAGUUCUAACUUAGAUUAUUGCACGAAUUCUGAACAGCCUGAAGGAAUACCCACGCAUCUAUUUCCCAACAAAGAAACAGAUCCACAGAGUGAAAGAAAGUUAGUGAAUUUUAUCCGUAAAUAUUGCCCGCGGGUUUUUACGCAUCUGCGAACCUAGUGUUUUGAUUGAGCCCGUUUUGAAGAUUCGUGGUAUAUCUUAUUUUCAUUGACAAGACCUUGUAAAAUGGAAAGAAUACGGAAGGACGGGAUUGUUAACAUUUACAUGGCUAGAAUUGUUCCCCUGGCUAAAGUACAACUAACAUGAGACGCAAGGCAAAUAAUUCAGGUAUAUAUAGUGAAGUACAAAUUAACAUGUUCGCACACAUGGUGAAUAUUUUGCGCAAAUGAUGCUAUAUAGUUAGUCUAUAAAGUGUUUAACAUUUCUUAUGUUUUAGAUCAUUUGUGGUUGUAAAAAGACUAUCUCCUGUUAAGUUAGUUUUUUGUCCAGAGCAUCUUGAGAUUGAAAUAAAGACAACAAUUCACCAUGCCUUGACCUAGUUUCGUCAAGACUUCUGAUGGCAUUUUGAGAGAAACGAUGCCAUUGCAGUUAUAUUCGGUCAUAUCAAUAAUACAUAUUACGUAGUAUAAAGUAACAAUAAAUAUAAUAAUACAAUAGUAUAAUAUUGUACUGGUAUAUGUGAGGAAUAGCCUAUAUUUGUGCACAAAACAUGUGGGAUGAAUAUAAUUUCAAAAUGUUACAGUAAAUGUGAUAUUGCACAGUGGCACAAUUUUGACUCAAUGGUUAUGUACUGUUUAAUAAACGAGCAGGAGUGUUUUAUUAGGUUUAAAUUAGGUUUAUUCAGUCACAAUCCAACUAACGUCGACCGCUUUUCUGCUCAAACGUAAGGCAGCUUUGUCUUUGUUGUUGGAAAUUAUGUUCUUCUGUUUUCCCAUUCAAGUAAAACUAGCCAUCAAUAGAACCACAGCCUAUAAUUGCCAAUUACACCUAUCGCUAUCUAUUAAAAACAAAAUCAAAAUCAUUUUGAGUAUUGCGAAUUAUUAGGCUAUGAAUAUGCUUGUGUUUAUAAACGUUAUUAUAUUUUUUGUCACGCACAAUCGAGUUUAUAAUAAACAUUAAGUUGCACACACCAGAUGUGUUCAAACAAUCAGACACAAUACUGAGGCGAGCACAAUACAAUAUAAAUAUACAUGCAAUAAAAAGGAUCUAUAGCUACAUAGUGACAGAUGGUAGUUGCCUAUACCUGCAGCAGCGUUAUAUAAUGUCUCUAUCACUUCGUCUAGUGAAGCUGUAUAAAAGCUGUUAGGUAACUGGUUCAUCAUCGUAGUUUCAAAGCCGACUUAGCCGAGUCCGUAUUCGUUGACUUCCAGAUGUAGUACUGACCCUAUUAUCUGAGUCUCUAACCGUCAUUCCGCCGUCAAAUAAGCAAUAAGAUAUAGCACUUGUUUUUCGAUUUUCAAAAAUCAGUUAUCUGCGCCAUAAAUUAGUGAAAUAGACAAAAAUUCCACUGCAAUAUAUUAUGACGCGCCAUAUAGUUUACUACAAAUACGACCUUCAUAACUUCGUAACUUCGUUUCCGUUCAUCUUAUGACGUCACACGGCAUCAAUAUGGCGGCGGAAAAGUUUGCACGCGAUAACCAACUUCAGAGGUCAAAUAUAUAUGCAACCGAUAACCAACUUCAUGAUGGUCAAAUAUAUAUGAAAAUGCUUCUAAAAGACUGAAUUUUUAUUUAAGCUAAAAAAAAAGUAGGUCCAAAAAUUCGCUGCAGUAGCACUUUAAAUAUCCUCAACAUCUUCAAAAUCAACGACUAUUUAACUGCUUAUUUAUGUUUCGAUAACGCCAUCUUAAUAAUUUACCAGAUUUUUUUAAAGAUUAUUUUGUGACAAACAACCAAAUUCAUCAAUAUAACACAAGAAAUGCAUCAAAACUUCACAAAUGUUAUAAAAGAAAAAAUUAUGUAGAACACACUCUCUCAAAUAAAGGAGUUGUAGCUAUAGAAACAAAAUUUAUAGAUAUAAAUUUCUACAGCACUUUCAAAAAGCAAAUUAAACAACAUUUCUUACUAUACAAUGUAUAAGACAAGCUAUAAAACAUUCUGCUAUGUGACAAAAUUAAUAGUAUAUUCGGUAGUCUGAUUCUUAUAAGAACCCAAAUGCAUUUACAACAUUGGUAUUCACUUCUAUAUUAAGAAAAAUUUCUCUUCUUUUUCUCUCUUGUAAAUACAUAUAUAUUCCUUUAAUUAAUAUUGUGAUUGACUGUAAAUAAUUUAUUACAUAUUAAUAUAAUACAAACUAGAAUAACUAGAGACCUAAAUAAAGUCUACAAAGAUUUCUAGUAGGUCUCUAGCCCGCACUCUACAAUUAUUGUAAAUAUACCACACAUAAAUUUAUUGUACAUGGGGAAAAUUUAAAAAAAAACUGAUGCGCUGGAUUAAUGAACGGCAAUUUCAUGUAUACACCAGCUUGCAUAAAAACAUAUUAUUCGCAGAUAUGAAUAAAAUCGACAAUAUAAAGUAAGUACGGUAUGGAAUUUUACUACUGAAAUGUUUACACUUACCCAGACACAUUGUUUUGGCAAACACAACGAUUAAAUUAAUAAAAACAUGAGGUUCGUCUUCGACAAAAUUCGUGUUUAUGCCUUUCAAACUUUGUUUAACGGUUGACUGUCAUUAAUUCAUGAAACUGCAGGCUUAUUUUCAGUUCAAAUCCAAAAGAAACAUUUUGUACUUUUGUAAACUUCUUUACCGAAUUAAAGUUAAAACAAUAUGCUGUAAAACAGCAAAAUACGUCUUUGCAAAAUGAGAAAUAAAAUUUACAGCCAGAGCUUAUAAUCGCGCAUGCGCAUAACGUCAAAAACCGUCCAUAACAUAAUCAAAUAGAGGACGACUUUGCGCUUCGCUUUGUUCUCAACUACCCGGGUGUAAAUAGCCGUGCGGAAUUAGUACCCUCGUCCCGUGCUCGAGGACAAACAUAUAUUAUAUAUAGUGCCAAGUUUUUGAAAAAAAAACCAACUUAGUGUUACCAUAAAUGCUCCCAAUUUAUCCAUCUGCACAGCAUGCAAUUGUUUAAGAUUUCAAAUUUCUUGGCAUGCAUAAAUAAGCUCCCUUUUCUGAAGCCUUUGCCUAGUUAUGGACAGAUACGUUAUUUAGUUCAAGCUACUUCUUGGUUUUCACAAGAAGAACCAUAAAAUUAGGAUGAAAAAGGCUCCCCACACAUACAAUGAAAAAAUCAUUACGCUUGAACUUUGGACGUAAAGCCGAAUCGAAGAUCAGAUUCACAGUGACAUAUAAAUCGAUUAAUUACAUAUAUUGAAAAUAUAGGCAAAUGUUAUACCAGAAUUUUGUCACCGAAAACUUGAGGAAUUUGAACAUUUUGUUUCGUUCCAAACGAAAUUUGAAAGGUUUGAAUUCACCGGAAUACUUAUAGGCCCCCUUGCUGCGAUCCGGGUUUCGUCCACUUUCAUUUAGCCAACCUCGUACCCAGGGCAUUUUGCUUCCGAUCAGCGAAAAUGGCCCUGGCAUCGGCCGGUCACAUGACCUCAAAAUCUCCAGUAUUUGGGGUGUUCAAUUAUGAUAAUUUAUGCGUAUAAGUACGUAUAUAGAAUAAUUAUAUACAUUGUAAUUACUGACAGGAGUAAACAAACUCAAUGCUGCGUAUAUAAUCAAAGAGAAAGUAACAAAAUAAGUUGACUUUAUUCGGUUUUCGUUGUUCGCACCUCAUUCAGCAACAUAUCCCGUAAUAUUGAUGACUUUUAAACAUAACUUAAUAAGUAACUAAAAAAAAACAAAAAAACAAAAAAACAAACCGCUUCAGCGUUUGGUUUAUAUAAAUCGUGUUUAAUAUGAGCAAAUAUAUACGUAUCACAAUCUUUAUUUGACUAUAACGCUGUACGUUUCUUGAAAUCAAAGAUGUGUAAACAACGCAUGGGAGAAAUGUAUGUUGAACCGAAGCAAAUACUCGUCUAUACAAAAUGUACAAAGACUAGUUAAUUUUGACCAAGUUGUUUUGUGAUGUAUUGUCUUUCCCUAAUUCUUGCUGUAUCUCAAAUGUCAAAAAUCUUAUUUGCUCAAUACUUUAGUCCUUCAAGAACUAAUUAUAAAUUUGUCACUCCACUCUCGUUCCACUAAAAUAAUAAUUAUUCCCACACAUAUUGAAUAAUUACAUUCAAUAUCAUUGACCAAUCAGGUUGCAAAACAGACCAGCCGAAGCCAGGGCCUUUUUCGUUGACCAUCCAACCGCGGAAGCAAAAAGCCCUGGGUACGAGGUUGUCAUUUAGCAUGUCUUGGAACCGAAAUACUUUUACUGGAACCGAAAUAUUUUUACUGGAACGAACACUUUCAAGCUGAGUUUAAAUCCGAAAUUUUUUUCCCGCUUCGUAGACCCGCAGUUUUCUUACAAACUGCUAUUAUUUUUAUCUUCACGAGUUUCACGCCAUAUAUUUUUUCAUUGUUCAACGGCACGGAUCGUUGACGACACACGAUUAUGUCACUCAAAUGGACCAAUUUAUAUUAAUAAAACCACUGCUCCUUUUUUACAAAAGACCGUUUUGCUCGACUCAUUUUGACUAGUUAUGUAAUAUUAUGCGUAUUGGACACAUUUCUCCACUUCGUAAGUGUAAAGAGCAGAUUUUUGUCUUUGAUGUGAACAUUUAUUCUUCUAUUUUAAGGUUAUUUAAGAUUGAUCCUGUCGUAAGUCUUCUACCAGCAACCCAUCAACAAUAUUUCAUUUUAGCGUUGUCUUUGCCGUUACGUUGGCUUUGCGUUACUUUUGUUUUAAAUAUCUUGAUCGCGUUAAAAGAGUUAUUUUUCAGGUCCGUGACAUAGCCAAAAGACUUCUCAUUAACGUCCUUGUGAUUUUAUAGAGAUAUCGCUAGAACUGAGGAUUUUAGAAAGCGUUAUCUGUACCUUCUCAAAGUUGUAGACAAGAUAUGUUGUUUACGAUAUGGAAGCCCUCUUUCCAAUAAUAUUUGCAUAUUGCACAGAAUAACACCAACUGAUAUAAUAGUUCAAUUGCAAUGAUAAAUUACAGAUACAAUAUACCUCAUGAAUUACGUCUCAGAAACUGUGUUGGAUAUUUAAAUGCAGCCAUUACAUAGAUUACCGUUUUACAUCGUUGUAUCAAACAUUUUGAUCGCAUGUAAGGAAUUAUAUCUCAGCCCAGAGACAUAUAUAUCCCAAAGACAAAACAUUAACGUCCUUGUGAUUUUAUAGAGAUGGAGCCAGAACUGAGGAUUUGAAUGAUUUUAGAAAGCGAUAUCGGUACCUUCUCAAAGUUGUAGACAAAAUAAUUAUGUUGUUUGCCGUCCAACGCGCUGAAAUUACAUAACUCAAAAUGAAUCAAGCAAAACGGUCUUUUGUUAAAUAUACGUAGAGAUUGUCAAUCGUGUGUCUUCAUCCAUCCGUGUCGUUGAACAAUGAUAAAAUUUUUCGGAUUUGAACUUAGCGUGUUGGAAAGUGUUAAUUCCCGUAGAAAUAUUUUAGUUCCAAGACAUGCUAAAUGAUCAUGAAAAUCGUUUUCUAGGAACUUUUCGAGGUCACAGAAAACAGGCUAUUAGGGAAUUUGUGAGAUUGAUGGCCCUUUUGUCUUGACCUUUGCCUUGCAUGUUCGCUGCUCACAUAUGAUCUGUCAGUUACUGCUUCGUUCUUUUUGCACGCCCGCAAAAUACUCGAACUUUGACCGAUUAAUUAUUGCUCUAUUGUGUGACUCCUGACAAGCGUGUCCUGCUUAUGGGAGAUUAAGGUAGUUUGAAACCGAUUCGCGUGUUGUCUCAUUAACUGUAAUUUGUAUAUUGUUAUAUAUAAAUUUUCUUAUAUUGUAAUAUACUAAGCAGAUUUCAAUAUAAUAGUCGGCGAUCAGCCAUCCUUCAAUCCAGACAACUCUCCCUCUCGUUUGACCGCCAACUCAUUAUGCACUCUCAUUAUCACUCAUCAACUUUGAGCUGGUUCAAAUUAUGAUGAGAGUUGUUAAGAGUUUACGCCCGCGGUAUAGUAACGACUAGAGAGGUUCAAAUUUGACUUCCACUACUGCUGCCUCUCUUUAGUUUGAUAUACACAUUCGAUUAGUUUAUUGCACGCGCGGUGCAAUCUCAACUUGUCUAAUCAAGUUUCAUUAAAUCGUGACCAGGGCACAAGUGCUGAGAAAACUCUCAUGCAAAAUCUCGCUUGGCAACUCUCAUCAACUCUCAUCCUCGUUUGGCCAGGGCUUUAGUGCAAAAGCGUAGCAAACUUGUAUAUGAAUGAGUUGAUUAUACAUGAAACAGUUAUGUUGUACUAGAUGAUACGCUCGAAAAGAGAAAAAGACUGUCAAGUAGUUAAAUAUCAGAGUAGCUGACACUAGUAAAUGACCAUUUACAAUUAAUUAUCAAUCAUCCACUUAUCCUGUAAACGUGAGGCAGAAUGUACAUUGCCAGUAUGUACGUGCCAGUAUGUACAUUGUUUGGUAUGAUCAUUUAAUGAUAGCUUGCAUUCUGAAAUGCAGUCCUUUUUUUGACAUUAUAGCAUAUUCAAGCCUGGUGAUUCUUUUGUUGGUUACCAUAGCGAUACUGCUGCAGCGGUAGUUAUGAACACUUCCAACCUUGGAAAUGGUUCGUCUGAUGAGCAGGUAGGAAUUUUUUAUACACAGCUUGGUAUAGAUUCGACAGACCUACUAAGUCGCCAGCAUUUGACCGGAGAUUCCUGUAAUACUGUAUUACCCAUGAACAACGUGAAGAAAUUUCCAUGUGUUUUACCUGUUUGAUUCAUUUGUUUUAUUCUUUAAAACGACGGCUAGCUGAGAUGCUUCAAGCACUAGCAACUACAAGUAAAACUGAAUCCCUUGGAAGUCCCCCUCCAUUCAGAGCUGGUGGUUCUUGUCCCAACGAUUGUUAUCUCCCUCCCAGGCCUAAUUUAAGAUUUUUAUUACAUUUAAUUUACUGUGCAAAUAAAUAUGUAAACAAUGAAUGUCUAUAAGUGCAAUGGUAAAAAUAUUUUAAAGAGGUGAAAGAUGGAAUUUCCAUUCCACGAGGCGACAGCUGACUAUUAUCCCCGAGCCAACGGCGCGGAGCGCCGUUCCGGGCGUAAGCCCGGGGCGAGGGUACUAAUUCCCCCGGCUAUGUACACCCGGGGAAACGAAAGCAUUAGCGGAAUCUUAAGUUCAUCAAUGAUCGCGGGCGUGACCAACGAUCUUGAGUGGGUGGUCAUCCUCACUGAUCUCAAAAAUAUGGCUGAUUGCUGUGGAAUAUGGGAUAAGCAAGAUUUCAGUUUUAAAAGACAUAUAUUUAAAAGACAUAUAUAUCGUUUCAUAUACAACAAGCUUGAAACAAUUUUGUUUGAAGAAUUGAGAAGAAUUGAUUUACUAUGGGAAAUCGUGAAAUAUACGGCAAGUAUUUGAUGUUUACGAAUUUUGUUGCUUUACAUUUUUGCCUAUUAAAAACAUGAACUGUUUUCCUUUUCAACGAAGCUCUAAGUUUCAUAAAUUACCGUUUAAUUUGAGAAAAAAUCUUAAAAUGUAAAGGGGAACAAAUUGAUUUGAAGACUGAACUGAAAUUACCUAACAAUUUGUUUUAUUUGUUUUAAACUUAUUAUGUUUUAUUAAGUAAAAACAGUUUAUCGGCAAAUGUAGUUUAACUGAAUGAACAUUUCAAAGCAUUUUACGAAGCGUUUCAAGUUAAAUUUUACAUUAAAUCAAAGCUCACAAAAUGCAAAAUAAUAUACGUACAGUAUAUAUUUCGGAAAUUUAUUGUUGUAUGGUUAAAAGUACGAAUCUUUCGACUAUUUUGCAGUUUUGUAGUAAUUUGUACAAAAAAUAUGAAAAAAUUAAAAAUUUAAGAAUAUCGUGUUGUCAUGACAACACUUGAGCGCGAGCCUGCGUUCAGUGUUUGGCAUUUCUGAAUACCUCAUGUUAAUUUAAUGUUUGGAAAAUAUUGGCGAUCUGUUACUGCAUGCAUGUAUUUCUAGUAUACCUGAAUAUUAUUUGCUUUCUGGAUUAAUAAAAUGGCAAGAUUUGAUGUUGCAAGAUCAACUUAGCUGGAAUUGUUUGUGCUACUAUAAUUUCCCUCUACUGCCAAAAUGUUCUCUGGAGCAGACUGAAGUAUUGUUUUUCUUCCUAGAUUCUGUCCCAAUCAAAAUACACGCUGUUGCAGUGUGCAUCACCCGAUGCUAUUGCUAGGUUACCAGCAACAAAACUAAAGCAUGAUGCAGAAGAGCUUUGGAUAGAAUAUUUUAGAAAUCAGAAACAUGGAAGUUUGAAAGAUUAUCUGAUUCAUUGCUUGGGAAACAAUAAAGAUACUGAAAACGGUAGUUCUCUUGUCCAGGUACUGUAAGAUUUCUAAUAUUGACUAAAUCCUACCUCAAAACUAAAUCCUACCUCAAAUAUUGACUAAAUCCUACCUCAAACCCCCGCAACGAACGACCGUGAGUUUGAUUGAAACAAAACUUUGUUUCUACUGCCCGUCAAGCACUAGCUCAAAAACACCGCAAUAUAAAUAUUUAACAAAUUAUUCGCCGAACGCGAAGUCAUUACCGGUUAAUAUUCACCGAGACGAAAUCGAGGUGAAUAUUGACCGUAAUCACUGAGCCUAAGGCGAAUAAUUGUUUUAGUAUAAAUUUUUAAUGAAUAAAACAAAAUAUCCAAAUAUCAGUUUAAUUAAAAUUCAAAAAUAAAACUUUUUCGGCCGGUUUUACAGUUACUGUUUUAGUGUUGCAGUGUUUCUUGUGCACGCACGCUUUAUUGCUUUAUUGCAAAGUUGUUUUUCUCGAUUUCUGCUUGGAAUAUAAACACAUGCAAUGAUGGGAUGACUUUUUUUACCAAAUUUAGAAUUAAAAAAUAGUUUCUGUUUAGCAUUAAUUUGUUCUGGAAAUGGCUGAGAAAAUUUUUUUAAAGUGGAAUGUAAAACAAUUGCUUGGCUGCCUCGAAAUAAAGUUUUAAUACACUUUUCACUUUACAAGUUUCGAAAAAACAAUACAGCGGCAGGACACCAUACAGCAAUGAAAACAUGACAUAUCAAAAGAAAUAGUAUCGUACAAAUUGAGAUACCUAUAGGCAGUGGCGGAAACUAGGGGGGGGGGGGCGAAAAUUUUACUAAAAUUAUAUUUUAGCUAGAUUUCAUAAUUCAUAGUUUUGAAAACUGAAAGCACAAUAUAAGGAAACGAAACGGUAAGUUUUAAUAAAAACAAGCUAAAAACUAGCAAAAGUAUUCUACAUUUAUAAUCUCACAAGUCACACAAUGAGUGUUAUGAAUUCUGAAAAAAAGUCAAAUUAAAUUAGUUUUAAGCGCUAGCUGCGCUACAAGUCUUUACUUAAACUGUACGAUUCGGGAUUUUUGAUUUACCCAUCGAUCAAGCACUUUGUCCAAGUUUAUUCUUUUUAACAGGUCUUUAUUCAUGGAUAGCAACAUAAAGUCACUGGCCAACGAACUGUCUAAGCUAUUACAAGCCCAGCUCAAUAUCCGAUUCAUAGCACUGAAGCUUCUUUCCACGGUUGCAGUACCAACUGGCAAGGUCUUUGAUAUAGCAAUCACCUUGGAUAAGUUGGGGUACAGUUCAGGAUCGAUGUUCUUUCCAGCAGCAAUUAGAAUCUUCGCCCGUUCGCACUCGGUUUUAAGAAAGGUAGAGUCAAUAUGGAGACAAUCUCCAAAUUUGGCAACGAGACUGGAUAGGGUCGCAUAAUCUAGGUAGGUCAAAAAUCUAGGUCGCAUAAUCUAGUCGCAUAAUCUAGGUCGCAUAAUCUAGGUAGGUCAUAAUCUAUGGCGCGCCAAGAUGGACAAUAAUCGAUAUAGCCGUAUAUAUUUAUUAUCAAGACCAAAAAUAUAAGACCAAUUGCGAAUACUGAGCGCGAAAUCCAAAAAUAUAAUAGCAAACAUGCAAAUAUAAUGCGAAAUUCGCAAAUGUAAUAACAAAUUCACAAAUAUAAUGCGAAACUCCCAAAUAUAAUAACAAAUUCGAAACUCCCAAAUAUAAUAUCAAUUUUAUCGCACAUAUUUAUAUCAACUUCUCAAAUAUAAUACCAAAUUUAUCAACUUCUCAAAUAUAAUACCAAAUUUCCAAAUAUAAUGUCAACUUCCCAAAUGUAUCGGCAAUUCAAAUAUAAUACGCGAAAAAAUUUUAAGACGCGAAAAAAUUAUUCGGAAUUUUUUAGCGGAGAGCUUUCUCCGCGGGAAAGAUGUAAAUAUGGCGGAGAGACACAUGCAUGCUCUUUCUGGUCUUGUGAACGCUAUCUCCGCCUUCCAGCAAUCCAGCCAGAACAUAGAAAGUAAUGUAACUACACAAAGUUUACAGAAUUCAACAAGUAAUGACGUUGAAACAGCAAUAAGAUCGCUUUUUCCAUCGACAAAUGGCACGGCAGCGACGGCACAAAACGCGAGUUCCGAGUCUGAGAGCAGUAGACGUGACAUUCAAAAUAAUGUUGCUAAUUCUAUCGAUAGACAGUUUGUUGGACAACGUGCCCGUUUUCAACCAAGCCAGAGCUAUCAGCCUCGGGGUAAGAAAAGGGCUAAAUCAACGAAAGUGAAUGCAAAGAAAACCAAAGAUGUGGAACAGCGUUCAACCAUUAAGGAUGUGAUUUUGUUGCCUGGUCCAAAGUUUAAUAAAGUUCCACGUGGGGCAACACGAGAAGGUUUGUAUACUAAUGAUUUCGUUACCACGCUUGAACUGAUCCCGACAAUGAGUGAACAAGAAAUUAGAAAAAAUCUUGAAGAAAAAUUUAAGCGAAAGCUGUUGGGAGCGGAAAAGGUACCGAAGUUCGAGUUCGUGCGUGCCAUUAACAGCAAAAUAAUUUCUGCAAGAAGACAAGAUUGCCAAAGCUACGACGGAAGGCUGUUGAAACAUAUUUCUGGCCAAGCCCCGCUGUACAUUAGGGCUACAACAGAUAUCAGUUCUUCUCUGAACAUGUAUAGUUUUAAAAAUGAAGAAAGCAGCGAUGGCAGUCAGUCAAAUCAAGAAGAAGAUGAGUUUGAUGAAGAGGACAUAAUUAAAUCUACAAUGCUUAAAAAAGAACAAAAGCCGUGUGUCAUACAUAUUGAUGAUAGCAAUACCAAUACUGCUGUUAGUUUUCUCCAUGGUUCAACAUCACCUUCAACAUCCAAUGAACAGGCUUGCACUUCCAGGCAUCCAACAUCCAGAGAACAGGUUGGCCUUCAGCAUCCAGAGCAAGUGGCUUUAGAACCUAAUUUAGCAAGAGAGGUUGAAACUGGACCUUUUGUUUCUUGUCCAACAUGUGAUGGACAAUUUGAAAUCAAUGAAAUCGAGGAACAUGCAGAUCGGUGUGCUGAAUCUACCUGGCAUGGAUCAGAACGGCUUAUAUAUGCAAAUUUGAUGUCAAGCUUUGAAAACAAUUCUGAUACUGAUAUGCAGCAUGAUGAAACACAUACACACAGCGAAGCCCCUGAAGAAACUGUUUCUCCUAGUGGAGGUACCCAGGAAAUCAGCAGAGGUAAACUGAUUGAAGUAAUUCAGGAACUACAGAAAAAUGUGGGAAUGUCAACCAACAGAAUAAACGUUCAAAGAAAAACGGUUUUAGCAGAUUACCUUAACACAAGGAAGAGAAGACCGUGGUUUAAACCAGAGGAUUGCAUAAAAGUUGUUUUCAUAGGAGAAACUGCUAUCGAUGAUGGUGGGCCAAAACGUGAAUUUUUUACAGGUAUAGUACACUGUAUGGAUAUGUGCAUGCCUUCUCAAAUUGCUUAAGACAGGGUUUAAUGUUGGGUUUGUGAAACCACAAGUCUGAGAAAUUUCGUGCUAACUAUUAAUUACAAACAGAAUCGUUCUUUCUCUUUCUUACAGAUGCACUUGAACAACUGAAGCUACGAAUUUUUCAUUCAAAUGGUUUACCAGUGGAGAGUACUGUUGCUCUAACAGAAGAAACAUUUAAACUUGGAGCCGAACUGAUGGUCAUGUCCAUUGUACAAGGUGGCCCAGCACCAAAUUUUAUGUCUCCUGUCAUCUAUGACAUCAUUUCAAGAGGUUUCAAAGGCCAGACUUGUCUGUCAUUGGAUAUGAUAGAAAAUGGAAAUUUCAAGACCAUUGCCAAUAAGGUAAUAUAUAUAUAUAGGGUACUUUUAAAGCUUUUUCAGUUUUGGUUUCCUGGUAAGCAUGUUAACCCAUUGAGACACAAUACACUCCAGUGUGCCCUACUUAUUUUUAUAUUUGGUUGAAUGGCAAAAUUUGCAUUCCAUCUGAACUGUUUUUAGUUACUAAUUCAUACAUGCAUGUGAUAUGAAAUGCAAUUUGUUGUUGUUCUAGAUUGACAAAAUUAGCACAGUUGAACAGUUGCGUUCUAUUUUGGUUGAAGAUGAUGUUCUGGAUGUAUUAUCACAAGUUGGUUAUAGGGGAGUACCAAGCAGAGAAACUUUAGAAUGCAAGGAGAGUCUAGUCAG